UAUCCGGAUAAAACAAUGCUCCGGAUACUGCUAGGACCACGCCUACACACGUGGUCUCACAAGUGAGAAUCAUGGGUAGAGAAAAAAAGAAAGGAGAGAGUGGGCUUGCAACCACCUACUACUCACGCAGUCAAGCAAUGAGGAAGCUACAGAUAUCAAUGCCUGAAUUCAGGCGUCUAUGCAUCUUCAAGGGUAUUUAUCCUCAAGAGCCUCGCCACCGACGGAAAGUCAGCAAGGGUAGCUCGGUCUACAAGACGUACUAUUACCGUAAAGACAUUGCUUGGUUGGCACACGAGCCUCUACUGCAAAAAGGAAGGGACUUUAAGAUAUUUGUCAAGAAGCUUAAGAGAGCUUUCAAUGAUGAUGACAAAGUUAAAAUUGCGAGUCUCGAGGAGCACAGACCAUUGUACACCCUCGACCGUAUGGUGAAGGAGAGGUAUCCGACUUUUGUGGAUGCCUUGAGAGAUAUUGAUGAUGUAUUGACAAUGGUGUCUUUAUAUAGUACCUUAUCAUCUCUUAAAAUAAAGGCGUCUGUGAGUCAGUUAUGCAAGAGGCUAUUAUUAGAAUUUAUGCAUUACGUCAUAGCCUCAAAAUCUCUUAGGAAGGUUUUCAUAUCAAUUAAAGGUAUUUAUUAUCAAGCUGAAAUACAAGGGCAGACUAUAACAUGGCUUACACCGCAUCAGUUUCCUCAAAGAAUUCCAAGGGAAGUUGAUUUUCGUAUCAUGAACACUUUUGUCGAGUUCUAUACAACACUACUGACGUUUGUCAACUUUAGACUGUUUCAUUCUCUCAACUUGCGUUAUCCACCUCAGUUGGAGGGAUAUUUUUCUACUGAGCUUUCUCUCCAGCUGCCCUCACUCCUAGUCAAUCCAAAUGAAGUUGAGUAUGAAAAUGAUGGAGACAAAGGGGAAUAUAGAGAACUUCUAGAGUCUCUCUCUCAUUCUCUUGUUAAGAUCCCUGAAACACCAACAGCUGAUACUGAUGACCUAACUGAGGAAGAUAUACCAACAGAUUUAGACCCGGAGGAGCAAGCUCACCGUGACAAAGCAAGAGAAGAACGAGAGAAACUCGACGAAUUUAAAACUUUAUUUGAAGGUCUCAAGUUCUUCCUCUCUCGUGAAGUUCCCAAAGAAUCGCUCACUUUCAUAAUCAAGUGUUUUGGUGGGAGCGUUUCCUGGGACCCAUUUUGUGGGCGUGGUUCUACUUAUCCUGAAUCAGACGAGCAUAUAACGCAUGAGAUUGUUGAUAGACUGUCAAUGAACCAUUUCUACUUAUCAAGGGUCUACAUACAGCCUCAGUGGGUCUAUGAUAGUAUCAAUUUCCGUAAACUCCUGCCAACAGACAAGUACUCACCUCAGGCCUCCCUCCCUCCUCAUCUCUCUCCUUUCACAAGAGACGGUGAAGGUGAUUACAUACCACCGGACAAGAUGAUGCUGGCAGAAGAUAAAACCGAAGAACAAGAAGAGGAAGAGGAAGGAGAGGAGGAAGAUGAGGAUUUAGAAGAGAGAGAGGAGGAGGAGGAAGACUUGGAGGAGAGGGAGGAUGAGGGAGAGGGUGAGGAAGAUGAAGAUGUUGAAGCUUUAAAACCUCCUUCGCCUAAAAGAAGAAAAUUACCUAUUGUACCUGCCAUUAAUCUACCAGUAGGCUCUGUGGUUGAAGGAGAUGGAGAGAGUGAAGAGAAAGAUGAGGAGACUCAGAGAAUGGAGGCCGAGGCCAAGCAAGAGAGAGAGGAGAGGAAACUAGCAGUGAUGAUGAUGACUAGGACCAGACGGAAACUGUAUGACAGGAUAAUGGAGAAGAGGAAUAAGAAAUCAAGAAGGGUGAGAGAGCUCAAGGAAAAGAGAGAAGAAUAUAAUAAAGAAAUGAAAAAACAAAAAUCCUCUACCAAGUAAUUUUAAUUAACUUAUUAAUUAAUUAAUACUUAUUAUUAAAAAAUGAAAGUGGUAGAAUAUCACACUUUUUGUGAGA